AUGUCCGGAAACAUCGGCGCCUUCCCCUCCUUCCCCUCCGACGACGGCGCCAACGGCCAGGGCCCUUCUGGAUCUCGAUCUCGACGCUCUGGCCCAAAGAAAAACGUCUCGUUCGGCGAUACAUCAACCUCCGGCAGGAACCAGAAGCGCCACAAGACAUCCCUGGACAGCGACAGCUCCGACGACGACCCGGACGAGGACAUAACCAAGCCCGCCGCCGUAAAGAGCUGGCUCCGCUACACACCGGAACCGCACACGCGCGUCGUCGAGAUCCCCGACGAAUAUCCCAAUGACUAUGUUGAUUCGGCGGCGGAAGGGGAUUCCGUGUCGAGUUCCAUGCUCGGGCAGCCGCCGUCGGAUACGAAUGGAGAGGCUGCGCCGGGGCCGUUUCGGGCGAGGGCGCCGGGGCGGGAGGGGACGUCGAGCCGGGUGUCUGAGGUUAGUGAUGCGGAGACUGUUACGGGUCAUAAGUAUGGGAGUAAUGGGAAUGGGUCUGGGGACGAGGUGCCCGGGCCGUUUAAGAAGCGGCCUUCGCGGUCGGGCUCGGCGACGUCGAAGCCUGCGUCUGGGAGGAAGGGGUCGGGGGGUAGUUUUUUUGGGCUGUUCGGCGGGUCGAGCUCAAAUGCCGAGUCGUCUCCCAACGCAGAGUCUGGCCCUAGCAGAAUAUCAGUCUCGGGCGCGGCGGAAUCGGUCAAGAGCUGGUUUGCGCCCUCGGAUGUACCUGGCCCCUUCAAAAAGAGCAAUGCGUCGACCAACUCGAACGAAAGAACAGGCCAGGCUUCAGGUUCAGAGCCCGGACACCCUGCUGCCGAUUCCACCGACAGUCCAGGCGUCACCAGCAGACUUGGUAGUGCCGCUGCCUCAGUAACGAACCUAUUCGCAGCAUCAGAUUCACCGGGCCCAGUCAAGGCGGAAAAGGACGCACCGAAAGAUACGCCUCCAUCAGAUAAAACACGUUCCACAAACCCCGAGACUUCGACAAGCCGCUCCGCAACUGACGACGUUCCCGGCCCCUUCAAGCGAAGAUCCAGGUCGAACACGUCCCAGAAUCUCACCAACGACAAUGCAAACCCAGACCCGUCGGCCACGCCAACGACGCCCAUCUCCAAGAGUCUGGAAGAUAUCACUGAACGGCUAGGGACCGCGGCGUCGACAGUCAAGGACUUUCUUACGGUGCCUGAGACGACGUCUUCUGUUAAGAGUUUCUUUGCGGCGCCGGAUGUGCCGGGGCCGUUUAAGAACAAGGGGCCCUCGAGGGCGACUUCUUCGGAGAAUCUUGGUAAGUCGCAACGUCCGGAGAAGGAUACAGGGUCGGUACCUGCACCGUCUCCUGAGAAUGCAGGCUCAACGCCUGAGAAGCCCAUCGUGGUAUCAGACGAUAAAUCACAUGGCUCACCCCCGGGACCCUUCAAAGCAGCUUCCAAGCCCAAGGGUUCAGAUACUGUGAUGAAAGAUGGUCAGCAAUCGAAAGAGAGUGGUUCUGGUUUCCUUUUCUGGGGCAGCAAAGACAAAGACGACACUGAGAAGAACAAGUCCAAAGAGAAAGAGCAGGGCGGCUCGGGUCUAUUCGGCUGGGCCUGGGGUUCAAACAAGGAACAGGAAAACCCCGCUGGUGGAGCCUUCAACAGCUUUAUGAAGCCUGACCAGCCUGCUACGACACCCUCGUCGACAUUCACAUUCAACAGCUCCAAUCCACCCGCUGAGAAGACCAAUGCCAAUGCUCCCCCAGCGAGGGACUGGUUUUCCAACAGCGGUAAUGGAGACAAGUCGAAGUCCAAUGACGCGGUUUCCCCAAAUAUUGGGACCGAUAAGAAUAGCACUGGCCCAGUGGCGUCGCCUGUCGCGACCAGUGUUGAGAAGAAUGGCUCUGCUUCUUCGACCCCGAAGGACAAAGAUGCUUCGCCACCUGCUCAGACGCCAUCAGCCAAGGCCCUCGGGAAACGCCCGCCAGGUGCGAAUGAGGGAACCGCUACGGCAUCAUCAAAAUCGGCACCUCCCAAUGAAAACACCGAAAAAGCAGACGGUGCUCCUCCGGCAUGGAAUAGAGGGGUGCAAGAUGAUUCACUUAGAUUCGCUCAGAUAGAUGGUGCGGCACCACCGCCUAAUCCCUCGGAUCCUCAGCCUCUCAAGAAUCCAGAACAACCUUCCUGGUCUUUUGGAUCGGUCGGGAUUGCUGGACCAAGCGGUACAGCUACGGCUUCCGCCUCUUCUUCGUCGUCCCAACCGCAGCCGAACAAAGAACCUCAGGACAAGGAUCCGUCGACGAAAGACGCAACAAACAAGGCAAACUACAACUCGCAAGCGAGCCAAAACAAGGAAUCCAGCAAUCCCAGGGGUGACAACGGCCAGUCCGCGACAUCGCGGUCACGAUCAACAUCAGUUAACCCAGCCGACGCAUUACUCCUUGUCCGUGGCAUUCCGCUAAGAGAAGAAAGCCAGAUCAAGACGCUCGCCGAUCUGAACCGGUACAAGAUGACACCAGAAGACCGACAGUAUUGGACGGGACGGAUUGCGGCAAACGACGCGGCCAGGGUUAUGGAGCCUAGGCGACAGUCCGAAACUCCCACGAACACCACCUCCGAGCCAGCCAUAACCAGGACCUCGACGAACCGCGGCGACACGGUGAUUCUCCUCCGUGGCAUCCCACAAAGCGAGCGGAAGAAGAUCCUCACCGCCGCGGAUCUGGAUCGGUAUGAUCUUACGCCACCACAGCGGGAGUACUGGAUGAAACAUAUUGAGCGGCUAGAAGGGAUCGGGCGUGAUGGCGCAGAAGGGAAUGGCGGGGAGGGGGAGCUGAGGCAGUUUGGGGUUCCGCUGAGCGAGUGGAGUAAGAUUAAAUCUGUGGCGGAUUUGGAGCGGUUUAAUCUUAGUGCUGGGGAUAGGGAGUAUUGGGAGCUGAGGAUUAGGAGGCUGGCGCCGGUUGAGAAGGAUAAGACCCCAGACGCUCAAGCAGGACCGAAGCCAGCAGAGUCGACACCGUUGCAUCCCACGCCGUCAGGACCACAGCCAGCAGAUCCUCAGGCAGCAGAUCCUAAGCCUGCAGAACCUAAGCCUGCAGACCCAAAGCCAACAGAUCCACAGCCAGCAAUUUCACAGCGAUCGAAUCCUCAAGCGGCAAAUCCACAGCCAGCAACUCAGCCAGCAACUCAGCCAGCAAAUCCUCAGCCAUCAAAUCCAAAGCCAGCGGACCCAAAGCCGUCGGAGUCUAACACGGAUAAGUCGAACAAAGAUAAGUCCGACAAAGAUAAGUCCAAGAAAGACAAGUCGAAAACGGACAAGUCCAAGAAGAAAAAAUCGAAGAAGAAGAAGAAGUCCAGUGACGACGAGUCCAAGAACUGCGCCGACCCGGGCGACCCAAGCGAACACUCAACGGGCGUCGCCGACACCAUUACCAAACUCGGCGACCAGCUGGGCAUCGGCCAGCUGACAACCGGCCAAGCCGCCUCGGGAUGCGACACCUGUUAUACACGGGAUACAUUCUGCAUCGACUGCCUGCGCCUGGCAGUCUUGGUAAACGGCACACUGGACAGGCGAGAAAUCCACCGCCCCGAAGGCUCGUACCCGGUGAUCAUCGACGUCGUCGUGCGGCGGACCCUCCCGGAUGUAUUCACCUUUGUCUUCGAGACGAUCCUCCGACUGCAGGCCAUGUUCCCCAAGGGCGUGCUUGUGAAUGCGACCCGUCGCCUCGUGCACGCAGCAGGCCGCCACGUCAGCUGGAGCGAUGCUGCGAAUGCGGGGCGCGGAUACCCGGAUGCACAGGAUACGAUGAGGGAAGGGUACACCGGGGCGAUGGUGCAGCGCGUCCUCUGCGCGCUGGGUUACUGGAGUACCUUUGAGUACAAGGCGCAAACCUUUGAGAUCAGUUUCCUCAUCGACUUCCCGCAGAAGAUCACACCAGAGGGGCCCGUCGAGGGACUGCUCGUCAACGCCUGGCUCAAGUGGCUGCGGCUCCCCGCGAAAAUCACGCACCCGGCGAGCAACCACAACCGGUUCCGGCUACUGUGGUGGGUGAUGACGCACCCGUCGUCCGAGUUUGAGGGUUUUAUCUGGGAGGAGACGCGCCGGUAUGUCCAGGCUACGUGGCCCGAGGGGAAGAAGAAGCACUGCAAGGGGUGUUAUGGCGAUGAAACUCCUCAUAAUGGGGAUAGGAAGGUGGAAGAAUCUUGUAAGAACUGUAACCCCAAGGCAACGAACGCGGCCAGGAUGAGGGCGGAGGCGGCGAGGAAUGGGUAUAGCUGGCACAGCUAUUAUGCGAACGGGUGGAACUGGACUGCACCGGCGCGUGUGGCUGCGGCUGCCCGGGUGAGUACGUCUGGGUGGACAACUGGGUAUCGCUAUGCUUCUGCGUCUGGGACGCAGCAGCGCCCGCGGUCCACGAGGACGUAUGCGGAUCGCCAGAGGGAGAGGAUGGAGUGGAAGAUGAAGAAGCGGUCGUGGUUUAGAUUGCCCGGGGUUGUUUAG